AUGACCCUUGACGAGUCGAGCGUAGUGCAUCAUCAAUAUUCACUACCGCCAGCAGACAAGGGUAGAGAUACAUGGCUCUUUCUCGUUGCAGCAUUUAUCAUGGAGGCUCUUGUCUGGGGCUUCCUAUACUCAUUUGGUGUCUUUCAAGAUUACUACCAAUCGCAUCUACCGUUUGCUAGGUCCUCUAAUACCGCCACGAUCGGAACAUGCGCUAUGGGCGUACUCUUCUUCAUGUUCCCAAUCGUCAUCGCCCUCCAGCGUCUGUAUCCUCGCCAGGCCCGCUGGGCUCCUGUCUGUGGUCUUAUGGUAAUAUGUCUGGCCCUGCUGACUUCUUCCUUUUCUCAAUCAGUACCGCAUCUUAUCAUCACACAAGGUGUCAUAUAUGCUCUUCCUGGAUCUAUUACCUAUUUUCCAGCUAUGUUUUGGCUGGGUGAGUGGUUUAUAGAACGAAGAGGCUUUGGCUACGGUGUCAUGUGGUCAGGCUCAGGCAUUGGUGGCUCCACAAUCCCUUUGAUACUGGAGCUUUUGCUACAAACUACGGACCUCGAACUACACCAAGGAUCCGGGCCGUGGCCUUAUUUGUUCUCACAAUGCCCGUCGCCUACUUUGUCAAGCCAAGACUGCCUCCAACCUCUACCAUGGCGUUCCGUCCUUCUAGGCUAA